AUGACGAGGAAUGAGGCCGGCUCCCGCUUCAGCUCUCUCACGAGCACCAGUACCGACAGCACCCGAUCAUCGGCCACCGUGAGACCCUCCAGCAACCCCGUCCCAGCAUCGCGCAAGUCGUCCAUGCGCCUCAAGACGGAGGGCAAUGGCGCUGGCGCUGGCACUGGCGCUGGCACUGGCAUUGGCAAUAGCAAUGGAUCCCUCGCAGACAAGUCUUUCAUCAGUGAUUUGAGCCCAGCCGACCCGCCCACCUCUUCCACUUUUGCCUCUGCGCCGCGCGGAGCUUUGUCACCAGGAACAACAAAGUCCAAUGCCUCGUCCUAUCGCGAUCAUCGUCUGAGCGACUUCGCCAACUACCGGAGAGACCUGGCCGUCCUAGAGACUUCUGGCGGCCGUCUGCCCUCCAUCCAACAUAACCCUCCCACCGCCACUCCCUCGUCAAAUUCCCAGAUAGCUCCCUGGAUGUCGCCAUCCAACGGCGGUGCCACCGCAUCCACGCCUCAGAGCCAGCUCAACACUACUUUUUACAACGAUUCGAGCGAUAACCUCUCCGUCGCCUCACAGCUCUCGCCUGGCUUCCGUGCUCCUACAAAUCGCCUUGCGCCUCAAUCCUCUGGCAGCCAAGAUUCGCCAGAUGUAGCAUACUUCGGAGACGAACGAAGGCCUUCUCUGGCUAGCAUAACGACCUUGAGCAGUCAGGGCUCCAAGACGAGCAUCCGAAGAGGUGGAUUGCAAAAACUACAGGGUUUCUUUGGGGAGGAGUUUCCUGGACGAGACGGUUCCGAGAGCAGCUUGCAUUCGAGUUCUGGCAGGGACCGCUCGCGUUCCUACAGCCACAGCCGCCCUACGAGAGAUCGCAACUACUCUAACGCGACAGACCAUGCGCGGGACAGAGAAGCUUCGCCUUCCUCGUCAAGACCAAGAACCCCAGUACCGGCUCCUGAAGUCGUGCCAUUCCUCUACCAAGAGGCUGAUGAUAUUGCCAGGUUCGGCGAAGCCCCAGUCAGAGACAUUUUGAGCGGCCCCGACCGCGAACGUUACAUGAACAACGAAAAUCCCAACAACCCGCAAAAUCCACCAAAGACCUCCUCAUCCAGCCGCUCCGGCCAUUCAAUCGUGCAUCUCCCUGGCCACCACCAUCGACACAACAGGAGCAUUGAUGAUGGCAGGGCCCUGCGACCGACUGUAAGCAGGGAAGAUUCGCAGGCCAGCUUGCAAGUUCAACAGAAUCUGAGAGAGCGCGGCGGCUCAGCAGCGACAGUCAUGUACGGCUCCAAUCGAUCCCGCGCUCAAAGCCCGACCCCGAGCGGCGGCUACUUCAGUUCGAGACAUGGCACCGUCGAUGGCUCCACGUCACCCAGCGGCCAGCAGCAACAACAGCAACAGCCGCAGCAUCAUUCCAAGAGGAACUUAUUGCAUCGUCUACGGCGGAACAAGGACAAAGAUGACGGAACGUCUAGAUUACGCGACCUGCCCGGUUCGACUCGGUCACUGGCCACCAAACCAUCUCGUCCCGAAUUCGCUAGACCCGAGCUGUCGCCCUCAACUUUCCCGCUCGCCUUCUCGGGCACCGAGCCUGGUCCAGAUCAGGACCCUCGACUAGCAGCGUACAACCAACGAAACCAGACGUUCAACAACAGAUUCCCGUUUUCCAAGAGCAAAGGCCGGCAACAACGGACUAUGGAGCCGGAUGAGCAGAUUGGACCGACGGAUAGGCAGCCUGGAGCGAACAAUAACCUCGGAUCGCUUGGAGGAAUUCACUUGGACACCAACCUCAGUGAUAUGGACGGCAUCCUUACGAAGCCCCAACCCUUGACUCCCAUGGACAGCGGUGUCUUCUCCAGCAUUGGCGAUUCCGAAAAAGUCGAACAACCACCCCCAGUGCCCGCGAAGACCGAUGCUGUCCUUGGACCCAAUGGUUCUUGGAACGCGCCGGACAGCUGGGCUGUGCGUCGUAAUACAGAGGACACCACGUACCAGGCGCCAGACAUUGACGACAUUGGCAGUCCGCCUCGGCCCGACGAGAAGAUGACACCUUACUGCAUUCGAAUCUUCAGAUCCGACGGGACAUUUGCGACUUUGUCAAUGGCUCUCGAUGCGAGCGUUACCGAUGUCAUAUCACAGCUUAUCAAGAAGACUUACGCUACGGACGGGCUAGAGAAUUACCACAUCAUUCUUAAGAAGCAUGACUUGGUCCGGGUGCUCGCGGCCCCCGAGCGCCCACUCUUGAUGCAGAAGCGACUACUGCAACAAAUCGGUUACGAGGAGCGGGACCGAAUCGAAGACGUUGGUCGGGAGGACAAUAGCUAUCUGUGCCGAUUCAUGUUCCUCUCCUCUAGAGAGAGCGAUUUCCACUCCGUCACAAAUGAUCUCGGACUUGGACGGAUACAAAAGUUCAAUCAUGUCGACCUUGCUGGCCGCAAUCUCAUCACCAUCCCGAUUUCGCUCUACUCAAAAGCCUCUGAGAUCAUAUCGCUCAACCUCUCACGUAACCUCUCAUUGGAUCUCCCUCGCGACUUCAUCCAGUCAUGUCAAAACCUGAGAGAUAUCAAGUUCAACAACAACGAAGCACGAAGAUUACCUCCCAGUUUGGGCAAGGCGGCAAAGCUGACGUACCUCGAUGUGUCGAACAAUCGACUGGAACAGCUGGACCACGCUGAGCUGAACGGUCUGCAGGGCAUACUCAAGCUCAACAUAGCCAAUAACCGCCUCAAGGCACUCCCGCCGUAUUUUGGCGCUUACAGGGCUUUGCGGAACCUCAACAUCUCGUCCAACUUUUUGGACAAGUUCCCACUGUUCCUUUGCCAGGUGGAGACUCUCGUCGAGCUGGACUUGAGCUUCAACUCGAUAAGCAGUCUACCUAACGAGAUUGGAAGACUGAGAAACUUGGAAAAGUUUGUCAUGACCAACAACAGGCUGUCAAAUGCACUACCCGACACUUUCAGCGAGCUGCAGGGCCUUCGGGAGUUGGACAUCAAGUACAACGCCAUUACGAGCAUCGAUAUCAUUUCAUUGCUUCCCAAGCUGGAGAUUCUCUCUGCAGACCACAACAGUAUUUCGCAGUUCAUCGGCAGCUUCGACAGGAUACGGAGUUUGAAAUUGAACUCUAACCCAAUCACCAAGUUCGAGAUCAACGAGCCAGUUCUCACGUUGAAGAUGCUGAAUCUGUCUCAUUGCCAGCUUGCGAGUAUCGACGAGACGUUUAACAUGAUGUUGAACCUUGAGCGUCUUGUGCUGGACAAGAACUACUUCGUUUCCCUGCCGCCCCUCAUCGGCAAUCUCAGCAAGCUGGAACACUUCAGCAUUGCCAACAACAACGUCGCAGAACUUCCACCUUCAAUAGGAUGUCUCACAGAGCUGAGAGUGUUGGACGUGCGCAGGAACAACAUCAGGAAAUUGCCAAUGGAGCUGUGGUGGGCCAACAAGCUCGAGACUCUCAAUGCAUCUUCCAAUAUUUUGGAGAACUUCCCCAAGCCGGGCUCCAGACAACCCCGGCCAUCAGGCGAAGAAGCACAGACGCCAGCUGCCGUGAACAAGACCAACCCGAUGGAGCGCAUUGCCCAAUCUCCCUUGGAAGAAUCACCGGAUCCGUCCAGGAGACCGAGCCAGAACUCAUCAUCAACGUUGCUGAGCGUUGGACCGUCGCCUGUACCAGGCGGUGGUGAUAGGAAGAGUUCUGUCGUGUCAGUCUAUGGUAAGGGUGGCCGCAAGACGUCAGUGGUGUCUAGGUCCACAUCGGCCGGCACCGUGCCACCGCUCCCACCAUCUGCGACCGCAAGAAAAGACUCUAGCCUGUCGUCGAGACUCUACACGACUUUUGCCGGGUCUCUGCGCAACCUGUACUUGGCUGAGAACAAGCUUGACGACGAAGUCUUUGACCAGAUCACGAUGCUCAACGAGCUACGCGUCCUCAACCUGUCGUGGAACUACAUUAACGACAUGCCACAAAGAUCGAUCAAGAGUUGGCCCCAGAUGGUGGAACUUUAUCUUUCUGGUAACGAGUUGACGACAUUACCGGCUGAUGAUCUCGAAGAUGCCAGUCUGCUGCAGGUGCUGCAUAUCAAUGGGAACAAGUUCACCAACCUACCGGCCGACAUAUCCAGGGCUAAGAAGCUUGCGGUCUUGGACUGUGGUAGCAACUCCCUGAAAUACAACAUCUCAAACGUUCCUUACGAUUGGAACUGGAACCUCAACCCCAACCUCAGAUACCUGAAUCUUUCAGGCAACAAGCGUUUGGAGAUCAAACAGACCACUGUUGGUCCGACGGUGACAAACCGAGAAUCGCUCGCCGACUUUAACAGGCUUUCGAAUCUGAGGGUCUUGGGUCUCAUGGAUGUCACCCUCACACAGCCCACGAUUCCCGAUCAGAGUGAGGAUCGCCGCGUGCGGACGUCUGGUUCUCUUGCCGGCCAUCUUCCCUAUGGUAUGGCCGACACGCUGGGCAAAAAUGAGCACUUGUCCACCAUCGAUCUCGUGGUGCCUCGAUACAACUCCACAGAGACUGAGACUUUACUUGGCUUGUUUGACGGACAGGCUCUCUCCAGUGGAGGCUCCAAGAUUGCAAAGUAUCUGCAUGAGAACUUUGGCCACAUCUUUGGCAUGGAGUUGAAGGGCCUCAAGACGCAUCUCAAUGAGACACCAUCGGAUGCCCUGAGGCGGGCUUUCUUGUCUCUCAACAAGGAUCUCGUCACCAUCGCCAUCCAGCACACCGAAGAGCGCUCGCAAAAGACGCAUAGAGGCUCUGCAACGCCAGUCGUGUUGAGCAAGGAGGACCUUAACUCUGGUGGUGUUGCCACUGUGGUCUAUCUUCAAAACACUGAGCUUUAUGUCGCCAAUGUGGGCGAUGCGCAGGCCAUGCUGAUUCAGACCGAUGGCUCUCACAAGAUCCUCACGCAAAAGCACGACCCAGCAGAACCAAGCGAGCGCCAACGGAUUCGUGAGGCUGGUGGCUGGGUCUCGCGCAACGGCAGAUUGAACGACCUGCUCGAGGUUUCCAGGGCCUUCGGAUACGUAGACCUGAUGCCAGCGGUGCAAGCCGCUCCCUAUGUCAGCAACUUCACGAUCCGCGAGCAGGACGACAUAAUCCUGAUUGCCACCAGAGAGUUCUGGGAGUACCUGGAUCCCGCUCUGGUGGUUGACUUUGCAAGGCAGGAGCGCGGUGACUUAAUGAGAGCAUCGCAGAAGCUUCGCGAUUUAGCCAUUGCCUAUGGCGCCACCAACAAGAUCAUGGUCAUGAUGAUGAGCGUUGCCGACCUUAAGAGGCGGGUUGAACGGUCAAGGCUUCAUCGUGGUCAGAGUAUGUCUCUGUACCCCUCAGGCGUACCGGAAGAUCUUCAGCAGCCCAUGCGCAGAGGCAAGAGGAACAAGGCCGACGUUCUCGACUCAAGUCUACAACGUCUUGAGGCUGAGAUUCCAGCCCCGACAGGCAACGUCUCCAUAGCCUUCACUGAUAUCAAGAACUCGACUACUCUAUGGGAGAUGUACCCCGCUGCCAUGAGAUCUGCAAUCAAGCUGCAUAACGAGGUUAUGCGUCGGCAGCUGCGAAGAAUUGGUGGAUACGAAGUGAAGACUGAAGGAGAUGCUUUCAUGGUCUCUUUCCCGACAGCCACAUCGGCGCUUCUCUGGUGUUUUGCUGUUCAGAUGUCGUUGCUGGAUGUCAAUUGGCCUUCCGAAGUAAUCAACUCCGUUUCCUGCCAGGCACUUUACGACAAGGAUAAUGCCCUGAUCUUCAAGGGUCUUUCUGUACGUAUGGGCAUUCACUUUGGUGAAGCGGUUAGUGAGAUGGACCCUGUCACGAGACGUAUGGAUUACUUUGGUCCAAUGGUCAACAAAGCUUCUCGUAUCUCGUCCGUUGCUGACGGUGGACAAAUCACCGUUUCCUCUGAUUUCAUUUCAGAGAUUCAGCGCUGUCUGGAGAACUAUCAGGACACAGACAGAAACGGAUCGACUGGAUCCGAAGAUACCUUUGACGACGACCAGAUGGGUUCGGCAAUUCGGAAAGACCUGCGCUCUCUCAGCUCCCAGGGCUUUGAGGUCAAGGAAAUGGGUGAGAAGAAGCUCAAAGGCCUUGAGAACCCAGAAGUCGUAUACUCCUUGUACCCACAUGCACUUGCAGGCCGUAUCGAGCAUCAUCAACAACACGAACAACGGACCGAGGUCGACAAACCCGCCAUUCUCCAGGCAGGCAGCGAGUUGGCUUUCGACACGGAAUCAAUCUGGGCUUUGUGGCGUGUCAGCUUGCGGCUGGAGAUGCUGUGCAGCUCUCUAGAAAAUGUCUCUGGCCAGGGCUUACAGCCACCCGAAACAGAGUUGUUGGAGAGAAUGAAACACCGAGGAGGUGAGGUCACGGAACGAUUCCUGCUCAACUUCAUGGAGCAUCAAGUGAGCAGAAUAGAGACGUGCGUGACGAGUUUGUCGCUUCGUCACAUUGCCUUCGGCAGCGCUCCACUGCAACAACUCGAGGACAUGCGAGGUCCCAUGAGUGACAUCCUUGACCAGGUUGCCAAGCAGAUGGCCGAGCUAGCACGGUACAAGGCGUUGUACGGCGAGUUGAACGACACUGAAGACGACGGGAGCGAAACGGAAUGA